CUCCUCGAUGCCUUCAUGGGCUACGUCGCCACAUUCUUCCUCCACGGCGGCGGAAAGGCUCAAUUGAAGCAUCACAGCAUGUCGGUCUACACAGCGACGGGCUUGGCAGCAGGACGCCGUCACGCCCAUCCGCACUCUGGUGCUUCAACCUUUGCACUCCACGACACAGCCAUAUACCCUUGCGACUGCUACCGACGAGUGCCCCGGCGAAGUUUCUACAACUACUUUGUAACCCACUUGCCGUCGUCUUCCCUACACCCCGAUUCGAGGUCGUCAAGCGGCCCCCAUCACAAGCUCCCACGGUCUGCUUCGACACCACACACUCCCGGCCCUGGCUCCUCGCCGGCUGUGUCACCCCCAAACAUGCCCAGUCGCGACCUGACCGUCGUCCGUAUACCUCUGCGGAGUGCCAAGCACCACUUCGGCGUCUCCAACCUGCGCGGGCAACGGGGAUAUAACGAGGACACGCACCAGGCGGGCACAAUUGGAAUGCCUGCCUUCGCCAAACGAGCCCCUGUCAGUCUAGUACGCAGCCAGAUGUCCAGGUCUGAGGGCACGAGUGCCGACAGUGCCUUUGGGGACCCCCAAAUCUUCUACUUUGGUGUGUUUGAUGGCCACGGCGGGAGCCAGUGCAGCGAGUUCCUCCGUGACGAGCUUCACGGGUACAUCGAAGAGGCUGCAACCGAGUUCCGCCUGCAGAGCAGCUUGCAAAAGCAAAACCAGACCUCAGCGGAGCAAGCCCAGACAAGCAAACCAGAGCCAGUUGACACAACCAUCAGUUCACUCCCAGACAAGGAGACGACACUGAACCGGGUCGAGAUGAAGAGCGCCGAAGAAGUCCAGGAUAAGCUCAGGGUCCCGGACAUUGUUGACGGCUGCGUGAAAGAGCAGGCCCCCCACAUUGAGCCCCUCCCGAGCAAAGAGCCUCUGGCAGCAAAUGUAGAUAUUGACAAGGCCAUCAAGCUUGAGUCGGAGCUUGUAGAAGAAUACAGGAACACGGUGGGGGGGUAUUUCCGGCGUUUUCGCCCCAAGCACUUUAGCAUACCCGAAGUCCCCAGGCCAGGAUCAUCACCGUCGCCCGACGGCUCGGUGGUCUCGAAGCCAGUGAGCCUGGAGUCGGUCCUGACGUACGCCUUUCUCCGGGCCGACCUCGACUUCAUCACGGCGCAGGCUCGGAAGCCGGACCCUGACGACCCGUACGUGUCCGACUUCCCGCUCAACCGCGACGAGAUCCUCGGCAGCCCACACCUCCCACCGUCGGGGCACGGCAUAGGCGGGUCGGUGCGCUUUAAGGGCGGCUCGACGGCCUCGGUCGCCCUCAUCUCGACGCCGACGCCCGCACCCUUCUGGCACCCGGGCGCGCACAGCACGCUGGUGGUGGCGCACGUGGGCGACACGCGCAUUCUGCUGUGCGAGACGGCUACGGGCCUGCCGCGCCCGCUGACGAGCGACCACCACCCGUCGUCGCCGACCGAGUCGCGGCGGCUGCGGCGCUUCGCCGAGUCGCUCGUCACGGACUCGUUUGGCGAGGAGCGCAUCCAGGGGCUCGCCAACAGCCGCGCCUUUGGCGACAUGCAGAGCAAGCGCAUCGGCGUCUCGGCGGAGCCCGACGUGUCGCGCGUCGAGCUCGGCCCCGCCCAGUACUCGUUCCUCGUCCUCGUGAGCGACGGCGUCAGCGGCACCCUCGCCGACCAGGAGAUUGUCGACGUCAUCAAGGAGGCCCGCACCCCCGACGAGGGCGCCCGCCACGUCGUCGAGCUCGCCACCGAGAUCUCGGCAGACGGUGAUAAUGCGACCUGCCUCGUCGUCCGCCUCGGCGGCUGGGAGCGCCGCAGCGAGGGCGGCGUCGGCAGCCUCGGUACAAAGGAGAUUCGCGACAUUCGCCGCGCCGAGGCCCUCGAUCCCCGGAGAGGGAGACGGUGA